GCUAAGGGGGCGGAGGGACGGGGGCGGCGCGAGGCGGCUGGGGUCCAGCUCUCGUAGCCCCGCUCUUGGUUCCUCACCCGCCAAGGACAGUGGAGAGGGUCCGGGGCUGCGCAAAUUCGAGAAACUCGGCAGGUUAUGCGCAAGCUGGUAAACUGGCUCCUUCCCCUCUUGCUAGUUGAAUGACCUCAUCUGAUAUUGUAGAAAUAAGGAAUAGAUUUGAAAGACUCUUUCUACCUCUCUCAUCUCCUCCUUUAUUAUUAUUUUUUUCUAUAUUUUUCUGCUAAUUAUGAGCCUUAAAACUACAGCGCACUGAAUGCAAUGUGGUAUCCUGGAUUGGAUCCUAGAACAGAAAAAGGACAUCAGUAGAGAAACUGGGGAAAUCCUGAUAAAGUAUUUGUUCCCCGACCAGGGAUCGAACCCGGGCCCCGGCAGUGAAAGUCUGGAAUCCUAACCACUAGGCCACUGGGGAACUCUCCAGAUAACUUGUUUAUCCCUACGGUAAAGAAGGCACGUGGCUGAUGAGCAGGGAGGCGAGGCCGCAGAGUGAGGCAGAGGGGCAGGCCUGGGAAGCAGAGGACGAUGACAUGGCAGAAGGCGAUUUAGGGUAUGGCCUCAGAAGAAGGCCCGGCGGCAUUUAUGAAGUGCAAGUUUCACAUUUAUUUACAUCUAGAAGAAGAUCAGAUGGAAAGACCUUUAGUCCUCCCCCAUUUUCAAGAAAUGGGGAAGAAAGAAACAGUGCCGUUUUUCAGUAUUCCAAGCAUAAGAGCUUGCAUGAUACAUACCCAGAAGGACCCCAAAUUCCCUAUCACGGCCGACAAAGUAGCACUGAUUCUAAUUCAGAGUUGUCAAAUGUGGAAUUAAGGCAACGUCUUCAUGAAACUUUAGAGGAGGUAGAAAUUUUGAAAACUGAACUUGAGGCAUCUCAAAGACAACUUGAAGGUAAAGAGGAAGCAUUGAGAAUUCUUCAAAGCAAUGUAAGAAGUUACUUUUACACUUUCAUCAGGCAAUAUUUGGCAAAGCCACAAGUCAUACCCAGGCAGUGCUUCAAAAAACUGUGGAACAAAAGAGAUCCUUGGAGAAGGCUAAGCUGUGAAAAUGCAGUCCUCAAAGAAACUUUGAAACUGAAAACAGAAGAUAAUAAAAUGCUCAAGUCUAAAAAUACAAUUUUGAAUCAACAGUAUUUGGAGGCCCUCGCCCUGCUUGAUAUCAAACAGCAGAAGAUGGCUCAGGAAAACACGUGCCAGGACACAAGCGGCUUUACAGAGGUUUCAGGUCUUGAGCUUGCAGUCCUGGGAGCCUGCCUUUGUCACGGUCCCAGAGGGAGCCCCUGUACCUGUGCCAGACUGGCAGCAUCUACUCGGAAAAUGCUCCUUCAGGUCAAACAGGAGUUGGAACUUCUGCAGAAGAGUAAAGAAGAAGCCUACAUAAUGGCAGAUGCAUUCAGAAUUGCAUUUGAGCAACAAUUAAUGAGGAAAAAUGACCAGGCACUAAGAUUGACACAAAUGGAUAAAAUGUGUAAGAAAGCAACAAAAGGGACAAAUUGGAAGCACCUUAAAGAUGAUGGGUUACCAUCACAAAGGAGUAAGAAGACCUUAGGGCAGAAACUGUUGGGUAUGCUCCCUUUGGAAAACAGUUCUAAGAGUACUGAUGACCAGCAUGAUCCUCAGGAAGUCUUUAAGAUGCUAAUAGAUUUGUUAAAUGAUAAAGAAGAAGCUUUGGCUCAUCAAAGAAAAGUUAGUUACAUGCUUGCUCGGGCUUUGGAAGACAAAGGCACCACCUCAAAAGAGAAUAAAGGAAAAAAUCCUAUGAAAGACAAUUCUCCAUUAAAAAACCCCUGGCAGAAAACUUCAGAAUUCCCUGUUUUACGUGAUCCUGUACAUUCAAGUGUUCAAAUUUUUAAUUCUGUGGGCUGCAUUUGUUCAAUUCAGCACUUUCAAACAGAUCAAAACUACACAAGAACUCUUAAAAGAUCCUAUUCUUUGCCAUCAAAUAUCAUGUACUGAAGACAAACCAGCUGAAAUUAGAACUGAGAGCUGUUUAUAUCAAGACUUUGAAAACAGACCGUGUAAAUGUUGCUACAUCUUCAGAAGUUGUAUGUUUUCCGGGUAUUUCUAAAUUUGGGGAAGCAGCUUAAAUAAAUGUUCUCUACAAGAAA